AUGGCCAAUGUAUUUUCGACAUUAGGACAUAAUUCAAAGAAGCCCUUAUCAGGUGUACUUGUAGUUUCAUUAAUAUAUGCCAUCUACAAGGCCAAGAAACAAUUCAGCAAGAAUAUCGCUGGAGACAAUACCAACAAGAAACAACCAUCACAGCAAGCCAAAAAGAAGCAUAAGAAAGUAGGCGUUAAUGCUGAAUUCAUUGAACAGAUGAAGAAACUAUUGCCCAUCUGUGUACCAGGUGUGUUUUCAAAGGAAUCUGGCCUGCUGGUCAUACUUGCAACAGUUCUCAUUGCUAGAACAUGGUUGGACAUUUGGUUUUCCGGUUUUAAUGGUUCCGUAGUCAAGGCCAUUGUUUCUAGAGACAGAAAGCAAUUUAUUGCGAAAGCUAUUGUAGAGUUUGGUUUGAUGAUGUGGCCAAUGAGUAUUGUAAAUAAUUCACUCAAACUGACCAUCAAUGCCCUUGCCCUGAGCUUCCGUGAACGUUUAACAAAGCAUGCACACAAUCAAUAUUUAGACGGCAUCACUUUUUACAAGGUUUCAAAUCUGGAUAACAGACUUCAAAACGCAGAUCAGCUGUUGACACAAGACAUUGACAAGUUUUCGGAUAAUUUGUCUCAUUUAUACUCUGAUAUCGCUAAACCAGUGGUCGAUAUCUUUUUGUUUGCCUAUAAGUUGGGUGAAGCCAUUGGUAAUGAAGCUCCUUUCUUUAUGAUUGCUUAUUUUGUCAUGUCUGGUGUGUUGCUCCGUGCAUUCUCGCCUCCAUUUGGUCGUUACACUGCUAUUGAGCAAAAACUGGAAGGUGAUUUCAGAUUUACACAUUCUCGUAUCAUCACUCAUUCAGAAGAAAUCGCCUUUUAUCGUGGUGGUGAGCGUGAAAAGGAGGUUGUCAACAACACUUUUGAAAAGAUUUCCAACCAUGUUCGCAAAGUGUAUACACUUCGAUUCUUGAAUGGUAUCUUUGAUUCAGUUCUUGUCAAAUAUUGUGCUACAAUGACUGCAUAUUACUUGUUGGCAAGACCUGUCUUUGAUCCAAGAUAUGCUACAAAGCACAUGGGUAUUGAUAGUGACCCUACCAAGUUGAUGGAAGAUUAUUCUAGAAACUCGAGCUAUCUGAUCAAUUUGUCUCAAGCUGUUGGCAGACUUAUUCUCACUGGCCGUGAUUUAACUCGAUUCGCUGGUUAUACAUCACGAGUAGCUGAUUUGUUUGAUGUCCUGUCUGAUGUGCGUAAUGGCAAAUACAAGCGCACCAUGAUGAACAAUGAGGAAGGUGCAUCCGGUCCGGGCAAAAACAAGCUGGUGGACACAAACAACACCAAGGGCAAAGUGUUGAUCCGAGACGGUGUUAUCAUUUUUGACAAGGUGCCCAUUGUUACACCCAAUAGCGAUGUUUUGUUGAAAGACCUUUCAUUCAAGGUCAGCACAGGCAUGAAUUGUCUGAUCUCUGGUCCCAAUGGCUGUGGCAAGAGUUCAUUGUUCCGUAUAUUAGGCGAUUUGUGGCCUUUGUUCGGUGGUAAUCUCACCAAGCCUGCAGCCAACAAGCUCUUUUACGUGCCUCAAAAACCUUACCUUCCAUUGGGUAGCUUCAGAGAUCAGAUUAUCUAUCCAGACACCCAUGCCGAAGCAUUGACCAAAGGAUGUGAUGAUGAGGCUCUUAUGAAGCUCUUGGAUACUGUACAUUUGGGCUACUUGGUUGAGCGUGAAGGCGGUUGGGAUGCCGUCCAAGAUUGGGCUGAUGUCUUAUCAGGCGGUGAAAAGCAGCGUGUUGCCAUGGCCAGAUUAUUCUAUCACAAACCCCAAUUUGCCAUUCUUGAUGAAUGUACAAGUGCAGUUAGUGUUGAUAUUGAAGCCAUCAUGUACGAACAUGCUCGUAAAGUGGGCAUUACUUUAUUCACCGUGUCUCACAGAACUUCUUUGAUUCGUCAUCAUGAAUAUUUACUAAGAUUCGAUGGGGAAGGCCAUUAUGAAUUUAGAGAAAUGGAUCCUGAGGAUUUGACAUCCGCCUUUGGCUUUGGUCAUGGCAAAUCCAAGCCCCAAGCCAAAUUAGAAGAUGAUGAUGAACAAGAUCAAGAAUAA